GAAGUCAAACUGUUGAGGAUCACCAGUCACCUACUGCCAAAAUCUUUUUACCAGCACGAUCAAAUAAGGAGGACAUGGAAGAAGACAACACAGAGGACAUUGAGUCUCUGAUUGAGGACAUGCAGUACAUCCCUGGACACUUCCACCUGGAGCUAAACCUUAAUUGUGAUCCUGUUGGUCCUGUGAAUCUGCGAUUUAGAGACACUCUCCUGAAACAGGAGAGUCUACAAGCUGAGCUGGAAGUCGAAGUAGGAUAUCUACAGUAUGCUGUCCGAAAUCUGCUGGGUCUGCUGGCAUUUCACCUGGAAGAGCUCGAUAAAGCUGAGGAAAUAUUCAGGAGCAUUUGUAAGGAGGACCCCGGAAACCUCAAUGCCUGGGCUAACCUGGGCUUUAUGUAUGACACAAAGGGUAAAGAGCCGGAUGCAGAGGAAUGUGUAGAGAAAGUCUCUUACCUCAUGGGGAUGAAUUCUGAUGAGGACUACCAGGAGGAGACCAGGCUAAUGGCAGCACGUUGUCUGGCUGAGCAGGCAUAUGUGUAUCCAUACGACGUGGAGCUGGACAGCGAUGACAACUUGAGGGAGAGGCUGAUGUCGGCACUGUCCUUUUAUAACAAAGCACUACAUUAUGGAGGACACCUGAUACCACAAGAGGAAAGAAUAAGCUGGUAUUUUAAAAUGGCAACUAUUUAUGUAAGGCUGGACCAGAUCAUAAAAACAAAAGAGGAUUCUGAGUACUCAAGACUCUUUCACUACAAUAAGGGACUUAAGCUCCUAAAGGAAACUCUGGAAUCUGAGAGAAAACAGCACAAAGCUCUAGCUUGGUGUUACAUUGGAAUCAUGUUGGAGAGGAAGGAUGAAUUUUCCUCUGUACCCAUGUCAAUACAUGACUGCGGAUUCUCAGCCUCUGAUCCUCUGCUCUGCUAUGGAACUGCUAUGGAUUUGGCCAGCGAUGAUGCAUUCAUCCUCAACCUUCUUGCCAAAAUAAUCUUUUUGCUGGGCAAACAUGACAUGGCCACAGGGAUCUGCAACAUGUCUUUGAAUGUUCUGCCAGAUCCAGAGCUUAACUGGCAGGUCUACUGUACACGUGCUAAGAUCAAUGUGAUUCUAUAUGUCAAUGAACUUGAAAAAGCAAAACAUGGAAUUGGAGGUUGCCCUGAUCGACAGAAACUAGUUGAUGCUAGAAAAGACUUGGACAAGGUGCUGACUGUACGUCCAUGUCUGAGGACUCAUCUAGAGAUGGCGCAGGUAUACUAUUACAUGGGUGUAGAUGCACUCCAGGAGAGCAUUAUGGUGGAGGAAAGUUCCAUAAAUCAUGCUUUGGUGAGUCUGUCCAAUGCUUUGCAGUUUAAGCCAGGAGACAGCUUACCUGAUCUCCAUGUGCUGAGAGGACGCUGCCUUUUAAUAAAAGGCGAAGAGCAGAAUGCUGCCGAGUGCUUCAAGCAAGCUAUGGAGUUAGAGAGACCAGGGAGCACUGACACCACAACUCUUCACUUCCUUCUCCUGACCCUCCUGAAUCUAUUUAUGCAGGAAGCUUCUGACCCUAGUUCUAUCAUAACAGAGCUAGAGACAUGGGUGAACAGAGCAGAGGAGCGGUACCCUCAGGAUACAGUAAAAUCAGAGCUUCGGUCCCUUUACAGAACACACACAGAAGAGGUUACAGAGCUGUCCAAGACUCUGAUCAGGACUGGACGCCUGGGCCUGGUGAAAAGGCUGCUGGACACAGUAGUACCUAAACAGCUUUCUGACAGAAGACCUCUGGCUCGUAGAUUUUCAUUAACCUAAAAACAAAAGUGUUAUUUUAGCAAGGCCAAUAGCUAUUAAGAAAACAUACAUGCAGAACAAUAAUCAAGAAAUGUCUUGACAGUAUUUCAGAAAGUUGGAAAUCUUUAGUGAGCUUUGUCUAAUAAUGAGUAUUUUGAUUUUCAUGCUUUUUAACAUGUAUACAGUCCCCUGAAAAUUAUUUAUACCCAUUGAGCCUUUUUAAAUGUUGUUGCUAUAUCCAGAAACUUCACAGUGACAGUUUUUGUGACAGACUGAUACAAUGUAAUUGCAUAAUUGGGAAGUUGAAGAAAGAAAAAUUAUUGUUUUCAUUUUUUUCCCCAAAUAAAAAUCUGAAA